CUCUCUCGUCGAAUGUAUAUAUAAUAUACAUCUCAUACGCUCUCUACUAAAUCUGAUCCUUAUGGCUUUUCCUUGGCCUCUCUCCUUCUCUGUUCAACUGCUCUUUGUUUACACUUUCUCAUUGCAUGCACUAUCUGCAACGGUCACACAACGGGUGGGACCCACCGGUAAUCGUGUGAUCACCGUCGAUGUCAACGGAGGAGGGAACUUCCGGUCGGUCCAAGCCGCCGUUGAUGCUGUCCCAGACAACAAUAGAGUGAACGUCACUAUUCAAAUCAGCGCCGGAUACUACAUAGAGAAAGUGGUCGUGCCGGCGACCAAGCCGUACAUUACGUUUCAAGGAGCUGGGAGGGAGAAGACGGUGAUAGAAUGGCAUGAUCGAGCCAGUGAUCUCGGACCCAGUGGACAACAAUUACGUACUUACAGAACAGCUUCUGUGACUGUUUUUGCCAACUUUUUCUCUGCGAGGAACAUCAGCUUCAAGAAUACAGCGCCGGCACCGAUGCCGGGAAUGGAGGGGUGGCAAGCGGCGUCGUUUAGGAUAUCAGGGGACAAAGCGUACAUGUUGGGAUGUGGAUUCUACGGAGCACAAGACACUCUCUGCGACGAUGCUGGACGACAUUACUUCAAGGAUUGUUACAUCGAAGGUUCCAUUGAUUUCAUCUUUGGAAAUGGCAGAUCCAUGUACAAGGAUUGCGAGCUGCACUCUAUAGCAACAAGGUUCGGGUCAAUAGCAGCCCAAGGUCGAAAGAGCUCAAAUGAGAAGACAGGCUUUGCUUUUGUAGGAUGCAGAGUGACGGGUACUGGGCCAAUUUAUGUGGGCCGAGCAUUGGGCCCAUAUUCAAGAAUCGUUUACGCUUAUACAUAUUUCGACGACAUUGUCGCUCAUGCUGGUUGGGAUAAUUGGAAUCACGACCAAAACAAAAACAAGACAAUAUUCUUUGGAAUUUACAAGUGCUGGGGCCCAGGAGCCACAUCAUUGCAAGGGAUCUCAUGGGCCCCAGAGCUAGAUUUCAAAUCUGCCCAUCCAUUUCUCGCCAAGAGCUUCAUCAAUGGUAGACAUUGGAUACCAGCCUCUGAUGCUUAGUCUAAUAAUAAUGUGUGUUAGUGUGUCUUUGCUAGCAUCUCUGUACCUGUUUAGGACUAAAUACUACAAUAGGCUUCAUAUCUUCUCAUUA